CUGUUAUAUCCGAGUGGAGAUUAAAUUACAGGUAACUCCCGAGGACUAUUAAUGGACUAAUAUUCUAUAAAUAUUCUUAUUGUAUAAUUAUUCAACAAUUACAUUACGUAUAUUUAUAUUCCUCUUAUUGUAAGCUUUAUUUUGACCUAUAACUUAUUAUUGUACGAUUUACGGUUCUUAAGUUAUGUUCAGCUUAUUAACUACUGCCUCCCACAUUCACAGCCACUUUUUGGGCUUAUUUGUGUACAAAUAUUAUUUCCUAUUUUAUGGUACGUUGCGGUCUGUGUGAUUGAUAUAUAAACUAGGUGUGCCUGAAAUAAACGAUCUGCUCUGUUCUGGUCUGAUCUGCUCUGAUUCGGAAGCUGGUAUUGUGUUCUGUACUCAAGUGGAAGGGCUCGUAGGACAUAGGACCAAUAAGGACGCUAAACUGCCCACACCGGUUGAACGUCAUUGGUUGGCCUAGUGUGAAGAUUCGUAUAAGUCGUAUUCGGAUUGGUAGAUAAGUCGUGUGAUCGAAAAGUCAGACAUCCAAGGUCAUAACAAUUGGCGACGGGGAUUUUGGCAAAAACAAAAUAAUUGGGAGAUCCAAGGUCAUAACAAUUGGCGACGGGGAUUUUGGCAACAAAGAAAUAAUAAUAAUACAAGUGGUGACUCAGAUUUUGGAAAUAAAUUAGCUGUAUAAUUGCCGGUGAUUUUUGGAGCUAAUAUUAUUGGCAAAAAAAAUGUCGAUUUCUUUCGAACAGUUGCGGUUAAUAUUACAGCACCAGCAGAAGAUGUUUGCCUUGCAACAAGAGCUAUUUAUAACAGUUUUGGGCAGACUUUGCAUUCAAGCAGAAAAUAAGAAAUCUAUAUAUCAUGCAGAUAAUGGUGCAGUAAUGGACAUUUCAGAAGCAUAUCCUGUGCAGGAUUCAAAUCCCUCUAUACCAGAAGGGAAACGUAAUAUUGGUAACGUGUCCAGCUCAGAGCAAGAAAAUAUUGUGUUAGAUGCACAUGAAGUUGUGACAAUACCAGAUGAUCAGAAGCCAGAUCCUGUAGAUGAUGCCCAGAGUCCAGAAUCAAAUGAAACACUACUGGUACUGUCUAGCUGCGAAAAUAAACGUCAGCUCGAACAAAAUUGUGGUCCACGUGCUACUAGUCGAGAAAGCUAUGGUGACUCGUAUUCAGAAAAUAACUGGAGCAACACGAUGAACAAAAUUGUACCAGAUGUUACUCAAAAUCACCGGAAGACAGAAUUUUAUAUUGAGUCAACUUAUCCCAUUUCUAAUGACAGUGUGCCAGAUAUUGAUUCUCAGAAUAAUGCAUAUGAUUUUGAUGAAACUUCUUAUAACAAUGAGGGAAAUAUGUCAGCUGAGUCGAAUGAUGGCCAAAAAUCUAAUUUAAUUCUGUUAGACGUUGACUUUCUUAAUGACUCGUUAUCUGCUAACGAGAUUCAUAAUGAAUUUGAAAAUAAUGAACUCAGAUCAAAGGCCGUUCAUCAUCAUCUAGUCAUUUUUAGUGGCUUCCCCAGUCAAUACGAGAAACAUGGUUUAAAUAAAGUCCUACUAGUUGUAUUUUGGAGCCAUAAGGACCCAACAUUAUUUCGAGGAGGAGGAGAAUGUUGAGGAAUUUAAAGUCACAUAUAAUUUUUUUUUUUAAUCAGAAUCUAAAGUUGGAAUUUUCAAAAAAAAGGGGGAGGUGUUAUAUCCGAGUGGAGAUUAAAUUACAGGUAACUCCCGAGGACUAUUAAUGGACUAAUAUUCUAUAAAUAUUCUUAUUGUAUAAUUAUUCAACAAUUACAUUACGUAUAUUUAUAUUCCUCUUAUUGUAAGCUUUAUUUUGACCUAUAACUUAUUAUUGUACGAUUUACGGUUCUUAAGUUAUGUUCAGCUUAUUAACUACUGCCUCCCACAUUCACAGCCACUUUUUGGGCUUAUUUGUGUACAAAUAUUAUUUCCUAUUUUAUGGUACGUUGCGGUCUGUGUGAUUGAUAUAUAAACUAGGUGUGCCUGAAAUAAACGAUCUGCUCUGU